CCAUGCAUGGUGAGUUAGCAGCCAGAGAGGAAGGAGGAUGAGGAAGUGGUUGGAUCAGAGGACUGGACAAGAUGAUGAUGAUGUCGCCGCCUGCUGUGAUGCACCAGCAGCUUCCAGGAGAGUGCUAGCUGGACCCCCAGACUCCGGUCAUUCCUGACAAUGAGAUGGGUAACUGCUGGGCUUACUGCGUGGGGCUCUUCAGGAGGGAAGCCAACAGGAUCCAGAGAGGAGGCGGGUCAAAAUACUUCAGAAGUUCUACUACAGGAGAGCAUUACACAAUAGAGUUUGAAAAUCUGGUAGAAAGUGAUGAGGCUGAGAGCCCAAAGCCCUGUCCGAGGCCCAUCAAUGAAGAUGAGCUCAGUCACCUCAGAGAACACCGCUACGCUGCUAUCUCCGACAAACAAGUCCUCAUCGACCAAAAGCUACAAGUUGAGUUAGAGGCACAGGAGGAGAAGUUAAGGCUAGAAGAGGAGGCUAGAAAUGCCGCCCAGCGCGAGGCCGCCAGGCUGGCUCGUGAACGAAAAAUGAAGGAGCUGUACGCUCAGAAGACGCGGGGGAAAGCAGACGGCUCGGGCGCCGAGACGCAGCAGAGAAAACAAGCCUCUGGGGAGGAUUUCGACGUCUACCUGCAGAACGUGAAAGCCCAGUCGGAUGCUUUUAGGAGCAACAGACUUUCCUCUGAAGCAAACGCAGUGACGCCCAACACGGACUACAGCUGGGAUUUCACCACCAAGACUCGCUCCACCAACGACGACGGGACCUCUCUCGAUUUAGAGUGGGAGGAUGAGGAAGGAAUCAACCGAACUCUGCCGGCCUGGGAACGGUCUCGGACCGAGGAGGACAUCUUGCGGGCGGCCCUGCGGCCAGGCAGCAAACAGGUGACCAGCGGGCCCACCUCGGCCUCCGAGGACUCCAACGCUCUGGAGUGGGAGAACGAUUUUGUGAGCACUCACCCGGAGGACGGUGGCGACGCCGAAUUCGAAGGGUUCGUCAACCCCGUCCUGGACACCCCCUCAGAGGACGCCUCGGACUCUGGCCUCAGGGCGGAGAACCAGGACAGAUAGUGUCCGGCACCAAAGGAGACCUCACCAGCUUUUGCCUCAUGAAUCCGAAAUGUCACUUCGUCGUAAUCCGUAAAGAAUCUCUGAUGCUGGAGAAAUUUGGUAAUGGAUCCAACAUGGUAGAGUCUAAAGACAAAUUUUUUUUUCUCAAACGUGUUUUCAGUGCCUUCAUCUGCUACAAUAUUUGACCAUUGAGCAUUGUAACUGUCCUUCCUUUUACCGUUUUAAACAUUGUUCAGAAAGUGCUGCUUUCUUUUUUUUUUGAUGAUGAUGAUCAGUGCUUGAGUCACCGAACUGAAUCCAGAUUGUUGGCAGGAAACUUUAACAUGACCGCUAACUGUAAAACCAAACAGAUGCUUUAGGAGAACAAAGUGUUGGUUUAGCUAACAGAAAGACAAAGUGUCACUUUUACAUCUCAGUGUCUGGGGACCAAAUGCAGCAAUGAGUCCAGGUGAGCGUCACGCAGGUUUUUUUAUUAUGCAUACAAAGGGAAUAUCUAGAAGUCAUAAUUUUACCCUCUCAAUUUUAUCUAAUUCAGUAAAACAAAAAAACUGCAGCCUCUAUUCUAGCAAUACAGUUUAAAUCAGAUUCACACGGAAAGUAUCAGACUAAACCUUUCCUGAUUUAGGUAAGUGCAGAAUACCAGAAUUAUUUACAAAAAAAUCCCCCAAAAAUGUCAAAAAGUUGGGACAUAAUUUUACUUGGCUUUUAAUAAACUGCAUGACUUGGGUCAAACCUUUUGUGGCCGUUUCCACAAAAUUCCCACAAUAGUUUUACUGGAAUUCUUGCUCCAUUCCUCCUGAUAGAACUGGUUGCCAUGCCAGCACGUUUACUGUCUUGUCCUUAAGCCGUUUUGUAACUAAUCUGGCAGUAUGCUUAGGAUAAUAACUCACUUGCACCUUAACUUUCUCUUCUCUGAUGACGAGACGUUGCUUCAGCUUUUCCACAUGGAUGCUUUUUUUUCCUCACACCUUACCAUCUGUUUUGUAAAGCGCACCAGCCCCUCCUGCAGUAAACAAAACCCCACUCACACAUGCUUAUAAACUUCCCACUUUCCCCUCAAAAUUUUAUCGGUGAUCAUUUAGGCCAAAAAUACUUGUACCGAUUUUCGUUUCAUCCCCAGGACAUUAAAAACCGGAUCCGUUUGUUCCUGUAAUUUGUUCCUGAGUGCAUUUUGCGAGCUGUACUCUGGGUUUUUCCGUUUGGAUUUGGGAGUCGUGGGCUCUUCCUCUCUGCUCUUCCUGUCUGCCUGGCUCUUCAGCAGGUGUCGGUACGCGACUCGUUUGGCUGCAGGCUGUGUCGCUCGGUCACUGGCUUCAGUCAGCAUCUUCAGAACGUCCGUUGCUUUUGCCGUGGAGUCGAUGUGCAUAUUUAGUACGAAAACAUGUUUCAAGGUAUCUGUAGAUGCGUAUAACUAUUUCAACCUAUUAUUUAUCCGGGAAGAAAAUCGGUCGAAUCAACAGAUGUAAAAAUCGCUGCACUACAAGGAAGAUUGUGUUUUACAUCUGACCAAGUACAUUUAAAAAAAGACUGGACUGCUCCUGCUACAAUGUAGGUAACUGCAUUUAGUCACGCUUUCAAAUUUAUUGGCAUUCAUUGAUUGAAAGGAGUAACAAAAAAAUAACAAUACGGAUGGUUUUGAACUUUAUAAAUUAGAAUUUAUUAUAAUUCUUAUAUGAAAUGUAUCACGAUAAGCGAUACGAUAAACGCCCACACCUACUUUCAAAGUGAGUAUGCCUCGAGGAUUCUUAGAUGAUUUAACCUACAAAUGUUCGUAUUUCAGGACAACCUGUGCGCAAAACAAUCUGAUUGCAGUGCCGUAUGGAAUCCUGGCAGUUGCAUGAAUACAUCUCUAGAAAUUGCAGGACGACGCCCAGAUUACACUCAGCACGACAGAACAUGGAGGCAGAACCUUACAGAUGUCUCAAAGUUCUGAAAAGUAAAUCAAAAAGUCAGCAAUUUCCAUAGACAUUUUUAGGGGUUUUUUUCUCGCUCUGUAUGCAAUCUUUGAGACGCGUUCAGCAUCCGUGCGUGCCGCAUGUUAGCCAGCUCCAAUCAGACACGGUGUACCGACGGUGCAUGCGUUCUUCACGAAGAAGAAGCUCUGCUGUUGACUGCGACCUCUAAUCAGAAGCUCCGAAUGUUGGAACCAUCAAAUAUGAAAUUCUGUUCAUCUUAAAUGUUUUUGUUGUUGUUGCUAUUAUGGCAGUAUAUUCUGAAAAAUCUGACGCGAAGCAGGAUUCUCAAGCUAGCCUCUUUUAAGAUGACAUCAAAAAUCCAAAGAGCAAUUUAUUAAUAUCUAAUGCCAAAGUGAAUUGCAAAAUCUACAUGGGAAGGCAAAUCAUUUUUAGAGUGGUGAACAUCGAAACUGGACUUAAAACUUCCACUAAUCCGAUUCCUGUGAUGUGUGGGCAGUAGAGGUGCACCGAUGCCAUUUUUUUUCUGGCCAAUUGUUGAUCUUUAAAAAGCCGAUUUUAACUGAUGUCAAUUUUCCUUUUUUUUUUAAAUAAAAAAAUUUACUUUUUGUUUUGAAAGUCAAUCUCGCACGUAAAUAUCGGGUGGACCCAACCGGCCGGUCACCCAAAAUUAAGGAAGUUUGUGCCCGGUUCAUCAGUGCACCCCUAGUUAACAGUAAUGCUGUUGGUGUGUCCAAAUUUGUUGUAAACAAGUUGGCCAACAAACUGAUCAUAACUGUUUGUUAUAUUAUCACAAGAGGUUUUGUUUAGUUUUCACUUUGAUCACUUUCUUUGCUUGUUUUAGAGGAUCUUGAAACCUUAAACUCUCAUGUCGACUGGUGGAGGGAGACGAUGACCUGGGGAAUGUGUAGAAGACACAAGUUUAUUUUCAGACUUUUAAAAAAAAAUCACAUUAAUUUACUGUACCAUUUAAUAAUUUCAUUUUAUGUUUUGUUGUGAUUGUUGUUUGAACUUGGUUUAAUUCUUGUAAAUCGUGUAAAAAAAAAAAAAAAAGUAUAAUUAAACAUUCCUUGUCAUGAUGAGUUGAAGAAAAUAAAUUCAUAGUUUUAAA